GUGAGCUGCAGCAGGAGAAGCUAAAUGCAUCAGACUGUAUGUCUGCAAGAACUGCAGACAAGAGAAAUAUCCUUGAAGAAUAGAAUUUGGUCUAGCCAAUCCAGUAAAAUAGACAUGUAAUUCCACCUUCAAAUUCACCAGCCUGUUCAUUGUAACACUAAAGAAUGCCUUUAUUUCUUCUGCCGAAACAUCUUUCCCGGAAUACCAGUUCAACGGUUUUUGUCAGUGGUGCGACCUUCCUUACUUUCGCUGUUGAGUAGGUGUUUUUUGUGGUCACGAUUUUGCUAAGAUCGUCAGUCGAGUAAGUAAAUUCGAGGAUAGGUAAAAGGUGUGGCUCUACCAUCCCAAAUAGGAUCCUCCCUAGAGAACACACUCCAAUUUUGCAGAUUGUGAGAAAUUUUUAAAACUUACAAUAGGCCAACGGCUGACCACCGUCCUGGGCACGACGUUAAACUGCCCCCCAACCCAAGGUGUGGUGCGACCCGUGCCGAGGGGUGCGUGGCACAGGGGCGCUGUGCCUCGAACGGGGCCUCUGGGAUACCGGGCGCCCUCCCAGAGUAUCCAGCCUAGCCCGGGCACGCGGGGCUCUGCCCGGGUGGUCCACACUUUCCUCAGCGUCUCGUGGGAUCAUAAAGAAAAAAUCUGAAAUUAGCUCCAAACGAGCAGAUGCCAAGAAUUCCAGGGGACCUCACUGUGAGGCGACCCGGGAUUCAGAACAGACUAAGCGUGAACUUGGCACGAGGGGACCUCGAGAUGAGGUGACCUCGGGCCUCGUAAGUGAUAAAGACACAGUUGCUGAGGGAGAUUCUUCUAAACUCGCAACAGGGAGGACCUCGGCUGCCGUACUUGACACUGGGGAAACCGACCCGUCCAAAAACAGCUCAGAAGGAGCAGUUUCAGGAAGGGGCGACAUUGCUGCAGAGGCGGAGAUCUCGAACCUUGCAAAUAAGUGUGCACCAGACAUCCCCGUCACAAAGAGUGCAGAUACGGUUUCAGCAGAGAACUCUGAGAAUAUUUCAGAGGAACGACACGUGACGAAGGUUCCUGUGAAAGAAGAAAUCGAAACAUCGAGAGGUGAGAAUUCUGAACGGAUGGAAGAACACAAUGAGGGAGAAGAAUGUGAGGCAGCAAGGGGAAGAGUGAUAUCAAAAACUGAACGAAAGAAGCGGAAACUAGAGGAAGCUAACCAAAAGACUGAAAUUAUUAAUGGGGGUGCUAAAAAAUUAAAAACUAGUACUGACGAAGCAGCAGCACCUGUACUGCAAAAACACAGAUUGAAAGUAGAGUCUAGUGACCUUACUCAUGCCAGUGCUCCUGUAACUAAAGAGGCCGGCAAAAGCGGAAGUGGUGGUACUGAUCGAGAAGUGGAAGUAAAGGAGGAAAUGUUUGUCUCGAUGAAGCUGGCUGUUGUACUCGAAGGUUUUCCAGAUGUCAAGAUGACGGAGGAGCAGGCGGAAGUGGUAGAGACUGUGCUUGUGAAGAGCAUUAACUUGUCUGACCAGGGGGAACCUAUCCAGUUUUCUGCGACAAACUACGAGCAUGGAGGCUUGGUGUUCACUUGUGUGAACAGGGCGACACAUGCGUGGCUUCAAAGUACUGCUCAAAGGAUUGUUCCGUGGCCGGGAGCCAGACUACUGGUUGCUCAGGCGGAGACCACGUUGAAAGGUUCCAGGUUGAUUUUGUGGGUGGACGAGAGAAUGGGGCUGAAUAAGAAAACUUACAAGCAGAUUGUGGAAUUGUUUGAGAAGCAAAAUAAAAAUAUCUCUACUGCCAAGUGGAAAAUCCUCAAGAGAGAGGCAGAGGUAGACAAAAGGAAAAGGGUGACUCUUUGGGUCGAUGACAAAUCUUUUGAGCAUUUGAAGGCAAGGAAUUUCAAAUUAUUCCUUGGCUUAUCACAAGCUAAAUUCAUCUUGAUGUCGGAAUGGAGGAAGCUGAAUACGCAACUGCGCCGUGAACUCAAAUUUACCGAUAGUGACUCUCGCACUUCAGACCGUCGGGUGUCUCGCACUUCAGAUCGUCGCGUGUCUCACACUUCAGACCGUCGAGUGUCCCGCACUUCAGACCGUCGGGUGUCUUCGGACCGUCAGGAGUCUCGCGCUUCGGACCGUCAGGAGUCUCGCGCUUCGGACCGUCAGGAGUCUCGCGCUUCGGACCGUCAGGAGUCUCGCGCUUCGGACCGUCAGGAGUCUCGCGCUUCGGACCGUCAGGAGUCUCGCGCUUCGGACCAUCGCGACUCUCGUGCUCCACACCGUCGAGAGCCGCAUGCUUUAGUUGAUCACAAAUCUUGUGCUUCGGAUCAUCGUGAGCAUCAUGUUUUGGAACACCAUGAGCCACGUGCUUCGGACCGUCAUGAGCAUCGCGCUUCGGACCGCCACGAGCCUCGCGCUUCGGACCGCCACGAGCCUCGCGCUUUGGACCGCCACGAGCGUCGCACUUCGGAACGCCACGAGCGUCACACUUUGGUACGCCACGAGGCUCGCGUUUCGGACCGCAACGAGGCUCGCGCUUUGGACCGGCACGAGGCUCGCGCAUCGGACCGGCACGAGGCUCGCGCAUCGGACCGGCACGAGCCUCGCGCUUCGGACCGCCACGAGGCUCGCGCAUCGGACCGCCACGAGGCUCGCGCAUCGGACCGGCACGAGGCUCGCGCUUCGGACCGGCACGAGGCUCGCGCUUCGGACCGGCACGAGCCUCGCGCAUCGGACCGGCACGAGCCUCGCGCUUCGGACCGCCACGAGCCUCGCGCUUCGGACCGCCACGAGCCUCGCGCAUCGGACCGGCACGAGGCUCGCGCAUCGGACCGGCACGAGGCUCGAGCUUCGGACCGGCACGAGCCUCGCGCAUCGGACCGGCACGAGCCUCGCGCUUCGGACCGCCACGAGCCUCGCGCAUCGGACCGGCACGAGGCUCGCGCAUCGGACCGGCACGAGCCUCGCGCAUCGGACCGGCACGAGCCUCGCGCAUCGGACCGGCACGAGCCGCGCGGUUCUGACCGGCACGAGCCGCGCGGUUCUGACCGGCACGAGCCGCGCGGUUCUGACCGGCACGAGCCGCGCGGUUCUGACCGGCACGAGCCGCGCGGUUCUGACCGGGACGAGCCUCGCGGUUCUGACCGCCACAAGCAUCGUGCUUCGGACCGUCCGGAGCCUCGCACUUCUGUCCAUCGAGAGCCUCGCACUUCUGUCCAUCGAGAGCCUCGCACUUCUGUCCAUCGAGAGCCUCCCACUUCUGAUCGUCGGGAGCCUCGCAUAUCAGCCCUCCUGGAGCCCCGAGCGUCAGGCCGCCUGGAGCCCCGCGCCUCUGGCCGCCUGGAGUCCCGUACCACCGACCUACAGGAAUAUCGUGCUUCUGAUCUUCUGUGGUCUCAUGCUUCGGACUCUCGGUGGUCUCACGCCUCAGACUUCCUGUGGGCACCCCCUUCCGACCAUCUGGAGCCCCGCACGUUAGGUCGUCGGGGGUCCCACACCUUGGCUCAUCUGGAGCCCCGCCCUAAGGACCGUCUGGAGCCCCGCUCUGUGGACCUUCUAAUGCCCUGCUUUACAGAGCGUUUGGGUCCCCUUGCUGCCCAACGUUUGCAGAUCCGUGCUUCAGACCAGCUGGAGCCCCGCCGCGUGGACCGUUUGCUGUCCAGCAGUUCAGACCAUCUCGGCUCCCAUAAUUUACAACGUUUGGAAUCCCGUAUUGCAGACCACACUGAGCCUCGUGCUACAGAUCGUAUGGCGCCCCGUGCGCUCACCCGUCGCGGAUCGCCUUCUUUGGACAGUGUCAUACUGCGCACCUCGUUCCGCAGGAGAUCUCCUGCUUUAGACCAUGUGGCACCCCUUACCUUGUUCCGUCGGGGGUCUCCUGCUGUGGGACAUGUGAAGUCCCCCACUUCAGACAUUCGAAGACGCACUACUUCAGACCGUCUGAAGGCCCACUCUUUGGACCGUCAGAUGGUGUGCUCUUCUGACCGCCAGAUGGCCCGCUCUAUGGACCGCCGGGUGGCCAGGUCUUCGGACCACCGGGUGGCCAGGUCUUCGGACCGCCGGGUGGCCAGGUCUUCGGACCGCCGGGUGGGCAGGUCUGCGGACCGCCGGGUGUCCAGGUCUGCGGACCGCCGGGUGGCCAGGUCUGCGGACCGCCGGGUGGCCAGGUCUGCGGACCGCCGGGUGGCCAGGUCUGCGGACCGCCGGGUGGCCAGGUCUGCGGACCGCCGGGUGGCCAGGUCUGCGGACCGCCGGGUGGCCAGGUCUGCGGACCGCCGGGUGGCCAGGUCUGCGGACCGCCGGGUGGCCAGGUCUGCGGACCGCCGGGUGGCCAGGUCUUCGGAGCGCCGGCUGCCCCGCUCUUCGGCGGACCGCCGGAUGGACGGAUCUUCGGCGGACCGCCGGCUGCCCCGCUCUUCGGCGGACCGCCGGCUGCCCCGCUCUUCGGCGGACCGCCGGCUGCCCCGCUCUUCGGCGGACCGCCGGCUGGCCCGCUCUUCGGCGGACCGCCGGCUGGCCCGCUCUUCGGCGGACCGCAGGCUGGCCCGCUCUUCGGCGGACCGCAGGCUGGCCCGCUUUCAGACGGACCGUCGUGGGUCCCGCCAUCCUGAUAAUCUGGCACCCGGUUCCUUAGUCCAUCAGGGGUCUUCCACUUUGGACCAUCGGGAGGCUUCUGCUUCUUCACGCUGGGAGCCCCGCGCUUCAGAAUGUGCACAACCUCGUGAUACAGACCGUUUUGAUCCCCGCGCUUCAGAACGCUUGGUGCCCCGUAGUUCCGAUCGUUUUGAUCCCCGUGUUUCUGAAUGCCCACUGUCGCGCACUUCAGACCGUUUUGAUCCUCGUGCCUCAGAACGCCUACUGGCCCGCACUUCAGACCGUCUCAAGCAGCACUCUUCUGAUCGUCCUGAGCUCCGCACUUCUGCCCAUCAGGAGCUCCGCACGUCUGACUGUCCUGAGCCCCGCACGUCUGACCGUCGGGAGCCCCGAGGUUCUGAUUGUCGGGAGCCCCGUACUUCUGACCGUCGGGACGGCCGUGUUUCUGACCGUCGAGAGCCCGGCACUUCUGACCGUCGGUUGCCUCGAGAGACUGAUUACAGUGCCCCAGAUCAAUCUCAGCUUCGUAAGAGAAUGUCUGUAGUUUCGGAUCCCCUUUCACCUAAAAGGACGAGGUAUACAGCUUCGUAUUUGAUGCCAUCUCUUGAUUCCAGGCACAUGACUCCAAGCCGUGAUAAGUCUGAGAACUCGAGGUUCAAAGAUUCAGAUCAACUAUUAUCCUGUGACUCAAGAUUCAGAGGCUCGGAUGAGCUGCCUAUCCAGGAAUCCAGGUUUAGAGGCUCAGAUCUCUGGAUGAGAAGAUAGAUUUGAGAAUGCAGAUCCUCUGUACCCUCGUCAGUCUAGUUUAAGAUCAUCCUGUCCGUAAUGUUUCAGAGAAUUUGACAAUAUACUUUCUCGCAUGUCUGUUUCCCGGAAGGACUAACAUUCAGGUUCAAAUCUCCACUGCAGCUAUAGAUGUCCUUUUAGACUAGUUGGCCAAAUUUUUAUUUCUCGAGGUGUUGAGAUUCUAGCAGUGACAAUUGCUAGAUAUACACUUGAUUUGCAGUUACAGAUAGUGGAUUUUGAGUGCAGCAUCUAACAUUCCAAAUUGUGGGACAGUGUUGAUUAAUGCUGAAAUAAUUUUAGUGUGAAGUUGCUACGCCCUGUGUAAUGCUUGACUUACACUUGCAUUUCCAUGAGUUCCAAUUUUGCCAAUAAUCCAAAAUAUCGUAUGGGAAUAUACUUUGAAUUCAGUUUGUUUAUUUUGUUUAAAUUCUGUUAUAUGUGAGUGCCUGUUGAUGUAUUACUUGUGAACAGGCCUGUCCACUUGCUAUAAAUAGCAAAAGUUUUUAAGCAUGUUAAUAACAUGUUUGUCUCAAGUUUUUCCUGGUACCUUACUGAAAAGGGGUAAGUUUAAGGAAGUAUUUUGCAGAUUGUAUACAUCGAGUGACAAGAGUUACAUACUGUCCUUACAAAGAGUGUCAACAUUUAAUAUUGAGUUCAAUGUUACAAGCAUUGUGUAAAGCUAUUUGUUUAAAUGUCCGGACUGUGGGUGUGUGUAUGCAUUUUCUUUAUUUGAACAUUUUUGUCAUUCGGAAUAUGUAUAUCACAAUUUUUUAUGCUGCGUAAAAUUAAAAAAG